AUGGCUAAGCAUGGAGCACUUCUGUUUUAUCAUGCCUUCACCAUUCUCAUCCAAACUAUCAGUUUAUUGUCCAAAGCCACUUCUGAAGAUAGAGAGGUCUCUAUUGUGUACUUGGGAUCACUUCCUCAUGGAGUGUACUCUCCAUUGUCUCACCACCCAAGUAUUCUACAGAGAGUUAUCCAAGGAAGUUCUCUUGAAAGUUUAUUAGUGAGAAGUUACAAACGGAGUUUCAAUGGAUUUGCUGCCAAGCUCACUGACCUGGAAAGAGAAAAACUUGCAAACAUGAAGGAAGUGGUCUCUGUCUUUCCAAGCAGAACAUAUCAACUCCAAACAACAAGAUCUUGGGACUUUAUGGGUUUCCAUGAGAAAAUCAAUCAAACUGCCACUGUUGAGAGUGAUGUUGUUGUUGGUGUGAUUGACAGCGGGAUUUGGCCUGAAUCAGAGAGUUUUAAAGACGAAGGUUUUGGUCCUCCUCCCAAGAGGUGGAAAGGAGCUUGUAAAGGAGGCAACAACUUCACUUGCAACAAUAAGCUCAUCGGAGCUCGAUAUUACGUAGCAGAGUCUGCAAGGGAUGGAACAGGUCAUGGAAGCCACACUGCCUCGACAGCAGCUGGGAAUGCUGUAAAGGAUGUAAGCUUUUAUGGACUAGCACAAGGUACAGCAAGAGGAGGAGUUCCAUCUGCGAGAAUUUCAGCAUAUAAAGUUUGCGCUCCAAUGUGCAUGGCACACAAUAUUUUGGCUGCUUUUGACGAUGCUAUUGCCGAUGGAGUGGACAUUAUUACAAUUUCCAUUGGAUUUGGUUUUAUACAAGAUUUGGAUCGGGAUGCUAUUUCCAUUGGUGCCUUUCAUGCAAUGGAGAAAGGGAUACUAACCUCAAACUCUGCAGGCAACAAUGGCCCUUUAGGUGCUACUGUGUCAAGUCUAGCUCCAUGGAUAUUGACAGUUGCAGCAAGUAGCACAGAUCGUCGGAUCAUUGACAAAGUUGUUCUCGGAAAUGGGACAACACUAGUUGGGAGUUCUGUGAACACUUUUAUAUUAAAUGGAACAAGUUUUCCUUUGGUACAUGGAAAAGAUGUUUCACGUAAUUGCACAGAGAGAAGGGCUGGAAGAUGUGAAGAAGGUUGCCUGGACAGUGAUUUAGUAAAGGGAAAGAUUGUGCUGUGUGAUGAUUACGAUAGGGGAAAUACAGCUGCAUAUAAAGCUGGUGCACUCGGUUCAGUUUUAUAUAAUUUUCGCAAUACUGAUGAUUUCUCUACGAUUCCCCCAUUUGCUGCAACGACUUUAAAUGAGAAGACAUAUAGUGUGGUCAUGUCCUACAUGAACUCCACUAGAGAUCCUCAAGGAACCAUAUUAAAAAGUGAAGCCAUAAACAAUCCUGCUGCACCUCUUGUUGCUCUCUUCUCUUCACGUGGACCGAAUCUAAUUUUACCCGACAUUAUCAAGCCAGAUAUAAGUGCCCCGGGAGUACAAGUUUUGGCUGCAUUUUCGCCUGAUGCUUCUAUCUCAACGACUCCUGGAGACAACAGGCAUGUACAAUACAAUAUAAUGUCUGGAACCUCCAUGGCUUGCCCCCACGCUGCUGGUGUAGCUGCAUAUGUUAAAAGCUUUCACCCUGAUUGGUCUCCUGCCGCCAUCAAAUCAUCUAUUAUGACCACCGCUUGGCCUAUGAAUGAUUCCCAGAGCUACGUUCCCACUUAUGAGUUUGCUUAUGGAUCGGGACAUAUCAAUCCUGUAAAAGCUAUAGACCCUGGGCUAGUGUAUGAAGCUUCUAAAGAAGAUUACAUAAGGUUGCUAUGCAUGAAAUAUGAUGAAGCCAGAGUUAGACUUCUGUCAGGUGAUAACAGCACAUGCCCUAUAGGCUCUGAUAAAGGAUCGCCAAAGGAUCUUAAUUACCCUUCAAUGGGAGCUAAAGUUGAACCAAUGAAACCUUUCGCAGUAGAAUUUCAUAGAAGAGUUAAAAAUGUUGGCCUUGCAAACGCCACUUACACGGCCAAAAUCUUCUCAGAAUCCAAAGUUGAGAUCAAAGUGGUGCCUGAAGUUCUUUCCUUCAAGUCCUUGAAUGAGGAGAAGACUUUCAAUAUGACCGUUGCUGGAAGCGGUUUGCCAUAUGGAUCACAAGUUUCUGCGGCGCUGGUUUGGUUUGAUGGUACUCACAAUGUUAGAAGUCCAAUUGUUGUAUACACUGCAGCUGAACAUGAGUAAUGAGAUUCACAUUUUCAAAUGGAGGAUCAAUCACCCCAAGAAAUAUACACAAGUUAUGACUCUAU